ACCAGGAAGCGUUAGUCAGUACGUGGCCUUCUUCUCUUGAAUCGCAGAGGCAGGAGCUGCACUUCAUCACAAAAUGGAACUUGAGGCAAUGACCCGGUACACCAGCCCGGUGAAUCCGGCUGUGUUCCCCCACCUCACCGUGGUGCUGUUGGCCAUCGGCAUGUUCUUCACCGCCUGGUUCUUCGUCUAUGAGGUAACUUCAACAAAAUACACCAGGGACGUCUACAAAGAGCUGCUGAUCUCCCUCGUGGCCUCGCUGUUCAUGGGCUUCGGAGUGCUGUUCUUACUACUCUGGGUGGGGAUCUAUGUAUGAAGGUGACUGAUUUCAAACAAUAGGACACAUUCCAGUGGAUCGGAAAACAUCACACACACAACAGGAACAGGAUUUUGGAUUUGAUUGGACUGCACUGACAUUAUUAUGGGAUCACGUGGACUUUGGGUUUCUAUUCACAAGUAAAGAGGAAUUUGUACAA